AUGACUAAAAGAGUAGGUGGUAAUGAACUUGGAGUUAUUCUAGGUUAAGGUGAAAAUGGAAUGUAAUAUUCUUGUUUUAUAAUAUUAAUCAAGUGCGACUAAUGUCAAAACUAAAUAAGAAUUUGCUAUUAAGAUUAUUGAUAAAGAAAAAAUCAAGAGAGAAGAAUUAAUUGAAAGUCUUAAAAAAGAAAUUCAUAUACUAAUGAUCAUUAAUCAUCCUAACAUCAUAAAAUUAAUAGAAGUACAUUUAUAUAUCAAAAUUAGGUACUUUCAAGCAAAACGAAGAUUUAUCUAGUAUUGGAAUGAAUAAAAGGUGGAGAAUUUAUGAUAAGAAAUAAUAAAUAUAUUCUAGAACUAUAAAUGUGAAAAUAUUUUAGAUAAAUUAUAAGAGCUAUCCGAUACUGUUAAUCUAAAUCUAUAGAGAUCUCAAUCCAGAGAACAUUUUCAUUUGCAACCAAACAGAUUAAAUAAAAAUCAACGAUUUUGAACUUAGCUCUCUUUUUCAAGAUCCAAGUAAUCUUAAUAAUGAAUUAUACACUACAUGUGGUACUAUACAUUAUUUAGCUCCAGAAGAGAUUUAAUCUUCUGGGUAUGAUGGACAUAAAGCAGAUAUUUGGUGA